AUGGAUGAACACCCCCGGCCCAUCCCAGCAUACUACUGCUGCUACCUCCUUCGAUCCACCGUCCGGCAUGCUUCGCUAUAUAUCGGCUCGACCCCAAGCCCGAGCCGCCGACUGAGCCAGCACAACGGCCAGGCCAAGGGCGGAGCCAAACGCACCGCCAGGGACAAGCUGCGACCAUGGGAGAUGGUCCUGGUGGUCGAAGGGUUCAUGAGUCGCGUGGGGGCCUUGCAAUUUGAAACUCGGCAUAUCGGCUCGGAUGAUGAAGAUAAAGUCAUUGUUGAUCACACAACGGGGAAACCCAAAUCUCGCGCCGCGCGAUCCAGGAGAUCGUUGACGGCUCAUCUGGAGGAUCUGCAGGCUCUGCUCCGCUCGGCCUAUUUCUCUAGUGGGCCAUUAAGGGUGCGUUUCUUCUGCGCUGAUGUCUACCGUGUCUGGAGAGUCUGGGGGGACCGGGUGCAUAAGCAACUUCCGGCAAAUAUCCAGCUGAUCCUGGACGGAGACUGUCCAGUCGCCCCAGACGAUCCGCGACAAGACCAACGAGUGGGCAGCAUUCACAAGCUUUCGGUCGAUUAUACAAGACUCGAGGAGUAUCUCGAAAAGUCCAUGUUUCUCCUAGACGAUGCCGAAGAUCUACGAUGCAGCGUAUGCAAUAGUCCAGUCCACCCGGAAGCAGAGCAGAUUGUGGUGUGUCCACGAGCAAAUUGUCGCGGGGUCGGUCAUAUAUUAUGUCUAUCUACCAAAUUCCUCGACGCUGCCGAACCGGACCGUCUCGUUCCAACCCAGGGAGACUGUCCAGCGUGUCGGCAAGUGGUGCAAUGGCCGGACAUAGUCCGGGAACUCAGUCUGCGCAAUCGGGCAGAAAAAGAAGCUCGAGUAGUUCUGAAAAGAAAGGAGAAGAGAGAGCGCCAAGCAAUUCGCGGUGAUUCAGCCGAACCCUUGACCCAGAGUCGUUCGCAACGAACACAUGAUGGGCCUGAUGAAUUUGAGCACGGAGACCCUCCAUUAGACGACCGUUGGUUUGAUGCGGUAGAUCCGGCAUCCGAGUCCGAGUCUGAAGGCCGACAGAAGAACAAAUGCGCUCCACCUUCGUCAAAACUGGAGAUUGUCAUUGAAGACAGCGAGUGGGAUGACGCAGAGCUGGUUGAAUGA